CAGUGAUGCCUUCGAUCCACUGUGAAUAGGCUUGAUCGAGACUUGACGGGUCUUUUUCGGAAGUCUUGGACACCGGUAGCGACCGAGGAGUGGUCGUUACAUCCUGGUUGCCUCUGAAAUUGCCUCAAACCCUCAGAAAUUUUUGGAACCAAUAUGGCUAAAACAUCUCAGGGUACAAAGAUAUCAGAGAAGAAGAAAGGGAAAAACCCAAUGGAGGAAGGAACAGGAACAGAAAGUCUGAAGAAGAAAUUGAAAAUCAUGCCUGGUUCAGUGAAAAAAUUAUUCGAGAAACUAAGAGAAAAGAAGCAAAAAACUGAGAAGAAGAAAGAUACAGAACCAUCACUCCACAAAGGUACUAGUUUUUCUUCUUCAAAGUUUAGGAAUAAGUUGCAUGAAUAUAGGUUCAAGAAUAUCGAGAAUGCACUAAUCUCCUGUGGAAAAUUUAUUGAUUGAAAGAGUUUUGAGGAAAAUGUCGAAAUCCAAACUAGUUUAUUUGAGUACUUUGAUGAACUAGAACUAAAAGGUUACAACACCUUUAAGAAUAGGUUUUAUAGUCCAAGUUUGGUUAAAGAAUUCUAUUCUGGUAUUGCUUUGAAAGGAAAGGAAUUAAUAGAUUUUGAUGACUAUGUGAAAGAUGGAUUGAAUGUAUAUUUGAAUGGAAAAGAGUUUGUUGUGAUUGCUGAAGAUUUAGGAAUCCUAUUGAAAACAGAAUUUAAAGAAGGAGAAUUUGAGCUUCUUGAAAAAUAUGAUCCGUCCUCAUUGUGGGAGAUCAUCACUGGGAGAAAAGAAAAAUAUUCCUCAAAGAGUAAUUCUAGUUUGAUAACCAACACUCAGAUUUGAAUUCUACACUAUUUCAUAGCAACAAAUAUACAGGGUAGAAGUGGAAGCUUUAGCUAUAUCAGCCUCCAGGACCCUUGGCUGAUGGAGCAUGCUUUUAAUGGGGUAUCUCUAAAUCUGGGAAGAUAUAUGAUUGAAAAGAUGAGGAGUGCUUGUAGACUUGAUAAGUUAAAUCUGCCGUAUGGGAAUGUGAUUCCAUCCUUUGUAUAGAAGAAGGGAAUAUGGUCAAAACGGUAUGAUAUGGACUUAGUAAAAACUAGAGAUCAAGCUAUUCAUUAUGGCAGCUUGGUUAAAAUGGGGUAUGUACUUGAUGGAGAAAGGUUCAUUAAAACCUCCAAGAUUGGUCCAAGAAAAGAACACAGCCUACCUACUCAAUCUGAAGGAGCCUCUUCCAGAUUCUCAAAUGAAGUAAUUUUUAAUUUGCUCAUGAGGAUUGAUGGUAAAUUGACUGACCAAGGAGAAAAGUUACAGAAAGUUGAAGAGAAAAUCACUGAGUUGGAAAACAAGCUAAAGGAGAAGGAAAGCAUGCCAUCUGAACCUGUGGCUGCAGACAACUCUACAACAUCUAGCACUACACUAGCACAGCAAGGUGCUAUAGGUUUAGCCAAGUCAGCAGAAAAAUUUGCUCCUCAUGUUGGAAGUUCUGGCAUUCAUGCUGAAGGUUCCACCUACAAAUCUGCCAGUCUUGUUUUGCAGUUUGAAGACUCUCACCGAGGGGAUGAUCAGCCGGCCAAGACACCCUAUCUUGAACCUCAAAGCAAAAAUGAUUCAGAACAAGGGACAUAAGUGGUUGGUUCAAGGAUAGAGAAAUAGUAGGCCUUUCCUCCAAAUUUAGAGGAAGUUUCCAUUAUGGAUGUCUUCCAUCAAAUGGUUAAGGAGGGACAAGCUGAAAAAGACACUACCAAGAUAGAAACGUAAAAAGAUGGUGGAGAUGUAGGAAAAGGGAAGAAGCCUGCAUCAGCUACCAAGGUAAAGGCAAAAGCAGAAAAAGCCAAAGCCACUGCAGCACCACCAACUGAGGCAAAACCACCAACCAAAGGUAGAAAGACUAUAGCCACCGAGACAGCUUUUCUCAAAAGAAGAAAGUCUUCCAGGUUGGUAGAGAAAUCUAGACCAGUUUCAACCUCUUCUCCUCAGAAUCCAAUCCCUAUCUCAGACAAGUCCUCACCAGAACAUUCACCUUUUCGAGAGCCCUCUCUUUUUCCCCUAAACUCUUUCUAUGACACUGAAUCCUCACCCUCUGACACAUCAGAUGAAUAGAAGCCCUUUCCUUUGAUGCUGACAAAAAAAGGGAGUAGAAUAGGUGCAGGAAUUCAAAAAAAAAAUGUUAGGGUGGAGGAACCAAGAACCUAGGAAAGAAAAGAAAGCAGAAUCAGGAGCAGGAACUUAGAAAAAUAGGAAAUAGGAAGCAAAAAUGUCUAAGGGCAAUUUCGAAAUACUUUUUUAUUAACUGCUUAUUGUGCCAUGGUGGCACUUAAACACUCAGUUUUAAUUUUGUUGUUUAUGUAGUUGUAUGUGAAAUAUGAAUGCUGAUAUGACUAUGAUGCUUAACUGCUACAAACUGAAG